GAUUUGUCGGAAGAGGCAUGGCUGCUUCCGGGGUCUGGGUUCCCACGCUGGAUUGCCGACACCAUGCAGUCCGAUGAUGUUAUCUGGGACACACUGGGAAACAGGCAAUUUUGUUCCUUCAAAAUAAGAACGAAGACACAGGGCUUCUGCAGAAAUGAAUACAGCCUGACUGGACUGUGUAACCGGUCGUCUUGUCCCCUGGCGAACAGUCAGUAUGCCACGAUCAAAGAAGAGAAAGGACAGUGCUACUUGUACAUGAAGGUUAUAGAGAGAGCAGCCUUUCCUAGACGUCUCUGGGAACGGGUCCGUCUUCAUAAAAACUAUGAGAAGGCCCUGGAGCAAAUUGAUGAAAAUCUCAUUUACUGGCCUCGUUUCAUUCGACACAAGUGUAAGCAGAGAUUCACCAAGAUCACCCAGUACCUAAUUAGAAUUCGAAAACUUACACUAAAGCGACAGAAGAAGCUUGUUCCUCUGAGCAAAAAAGUGGAGCGGAGGGAAAAAAGAAGAGAGGAAAAGGCAUUGAUAGCUGCUCAGCUGGACAAUGCCAUAGAGAAGGAAUUGCUGGAGAGACUUAAACAAGACACGUACGGCGACAUCUACAACUUCCCUAUCCACGCCUUCGACAAGGCCCUGGAGCAGCAGGAGGCGGAGAGCGACUCUUCAGAUGCGGAGGAAAAAGAAGAUGAUGAUGAUGAGGAAGAUGUGGGAAAAAGAGAAUUUGUGGAAGAUGAUGAGGUGGAUGAGAGUGACAUAAGUGACUUUGAGGAAAUGGAUAAACUGGAUGCCAGCAGUGAUGAAGAGCAGGAGGAGUCCUCCAGUGAGGAAGAAGAAAAGGCCUUUGAUGCCAAACACAAAGGCAAAACACCCCUGAAAGGCCCCUGGCGGAGGAAACGAGCGUAUGUGGAAAUAGAGUACGAGCAGGAGACGGAGCCGGUGGCCAAGGCCAAAGCCACGUGAUCUCCACUCGGACAUUUGUAACAGGACUGAGCAUGGUGAACUUUCUCCUCAUCACAUCGCAACUCCAGCUUUUACUCCUGAUGUUGUAUUCAACACAAUAUUUGUGUUUUUGAUAUUUAUGCCACUUCUGUGGGGCAAGAAGUGUGGGGGGGACUGGUGGAAAAGUUGUAAACAGAGUAUUUUUAUGGCUUUGGCAUGUGUUGAAGUAACACUUUGUGUCCAAGAAGCCUAACAGAUGAGUUUGUGGCUGUAAAUAUUUCUAAAUUUUAAAUGCCCACCCUUGGUUACUGUCCCCUACUUUAAUUCAGACGUGUCCAGACUCCUGCCCUCGCUGGUGUGGCUCAGUGGAUGAAGUGCCGCCCUGUAAACCUACAGGUCACCGGUCUGAAUUCCCAGUCAGGGCGCACGCCUGGUUUGCGGGCCAGCUCCCCAGCUGGGGGUGUGCGAGAGGCACCGGACUGAUGUACCUUUAACGCAUCCUUGUUUCUCUCCCUCUCUCUUUCCCUUCCCCUCUCUAAAAAUAAAUAACAUCUUUAAAAAAGAAA